AUGGCUAGGGGUCCACCGAAACAAGCCUUUAGGCCACCAGCUCCAGUUCAAAGAGCUACCACAUCCCAACAAAACGCCUCUCAAAGUCAAGGAACAACUCAAAAGGGUAAAGGGAAGCAAGUUCAAAAUCAAGAUCAAACGAUCGUCACUAAAGAAGACAGUUUCGAUAUUCUCAAGGUUACUCUCGAGGCUAAUAUCGGUAUUAUCUGCUAUCUACGUAAUCUCUUGCCCGAGGAAGAUUUCGAAUAUUUCUACAUUUGUGGUUCAAACGCUCCUCCUGCUAAAUCGCCCAACGAAUUAUAUCGGUUGACCGCGGAGGAAGCUCGAGCAUGGAAUGCAAAGCAACAAGCCGAAUCUCAAUCUCAAUCUCAAUCUCAGGGUGUCUCGGACGAAGUUAGCGACGUGAGGACUUUCUCUUGGAGAAAAAUUAAGGAUGAUCAAAGUCGGCAAGGGAAGGCUAUAUGCCAACUUUUGUCCGGUGCUGAGGAAGCGAUGCGAAAAGGCUACCUUCGAAGCCUUAUGCUUAUCAUUUUUCUCGAUGAGGAAGACCCUACAAACGUCAUUGAGACUUAUACCUUCAAUUUCUUCUACCAUGAAUCCACUGGUGCUCCAUCCAUGUCAGUUGAGCAUAGUGUCAACCGCGAGCUAGACCAAUCCUUGAAAGGUCUCGCUUUGCUGGACAAGAAUCGAAUGUUGGGAAAUCCAAUGACUCAUCUGGAGGUUCGAAGAAUGGUUAAGGUAACGGCCCAUUCGCUGGUCAAGGUUUUACAUGGAAUGGGAGAACUUCCCAAGAAACGAUUCGUGGACAUCAAGCUUUUCUACAAUGACAGCGCCCCAGAGAACUAUGUCGCUCCGAGCUUUGCCGACUCCUCUGAAGAAGUGCUUGUACUGGGAACAAACGAUGUAAAUAAUCCACCGUCUUUGCUGCCAUUCCCGGAAUUCCAGACCGGCCAUCAUGGGCUGUCCGUCUCUGCGGUGUCUGUCACCGAUAGCUUGCCUGAGAUCCCUAGGAGAAAGGCAACAGGUCCGGAAGAUUAUGCCGCCAGAUAUGCCGAGGAUGACCUGGUGAAGGCCAAUGUUGAAGAACGAGAUGUGCUGUGGACUGCCCACGAUCGUAUCGCCUACGAGCCAAGCGCUCCAAAUGUCUAUACAGCAUGUAUCGAUCCUUCCAAGGCAGUUCCUCAAGAUCCUUCAGGAGCCUUAAAACAGCCAAUAGGAAGGAGGCAAGAGGACGGAACAAUCGCCCCGAUUGGAUCUUCACAAUCAGGAAAUGGGAUUGAGAGAGGACGCCAAAAGAGAAGAGCUUGUGAAGGUGCAAGAUACAUUGCCGAGGAAACCCUUCAGAUGUCUCAAGCCAUGUCUGAGCUUACUCCGACACGGGGUUCCACCAGAGCUUCAUCCAGUGUGCUAUCACAAGCGAACCACGGAAAGUCAAUCGAGGACAGUCUGUUCCAGCAGAACUCGCAAUCCUUCACUGGGAAUCACUCUCAGGUCUACCUCGAUAGCAUCGACGAGAUUGAAGGUGGGCACACCGACACCCAAUCACCUUCGCUGUCAACCCAAAGACUCGCAGUUGCGCUCCAUCAGAAAGUCCAACUGAACAAGAGGAAGAGCAGCGAUGAUGAUGAUACAGAUGAAACUCAAACUCAACCACGGAAACCAAGAGCCCUCAAAUCGAUUGUCUCGACUGCUAUGAAGGAUAAUGGAUACGAAGUCAAAAGUACUGGUAAAUCAAGACCAAAACCGAAAUCGCAAUCGAAACCAAAACCAAAACCGAAACACAAGACAACAGCCAAGCCUAAAACCAAGGCUGCCGCUAAACCACGCUCAAGACAGGCCUCCGCUCGAACAUCGGUGAAGGCUAAGAAGACAUCUAUUGGUAAUGGUAAUAACAAGAUACAGUCCAAAGAUAACGAUGUGAUCGAAUGCUACUGUGGCCUCAAUGAUGAAGAGGGUCACAUGAUUCUCUGUGAUGGAUGUGAUAAAUGGUUUCACGCCACAUGCCUGGGGUUCAUCGACGGUUCAUCAGCUUCUCAACUGACCGUAAACUGUAUCACGUGCGAGAUGCGUAACGAUAAAAAGCGUCAUUGGCCUCAAGAGGACAUAGACAAGGCGGUAAGAGAGAUGGGUGCCUGGGCCUUAUUGAGGCAAAUAAUGCAAGAGCUUCGAACGAGGGGGCAGCUCGGUAAAGAUGAGCUGCCGGAAAUUCAGAGACAAUUUGGGUGCGAACGAAAAGACGUUGAUUUGGUUUUGAGAAAGUUGGAGAAUGAAGGCUUGGUAGAGAUGUUGGCCGAGGAUUCUGACGACUCUCAGUCCUCCAAUGAUUGGACUUGGAAAUGGUGCAAGAACGCCAAUGCCGUCAAUCGAUUUGUCGCCUACUUCCAGUACGGGAGGGGUAUCGAAGAUGAAUUAUUCGCCGUUAGGAAGUGGCAUAAGAGACCUCAGAUCAAAACUGACGCUUCUCAAUCUGUCCCUGGCUCCCAAAACGGUGGUUUCCUCGAAUCACAAUUUCAACGUAGUCGUGUGCACAACUUAAAUAAUAUUAAUGCCGACUCCGAUAAAGAUGCCGAUGACGAAGAAGAUAUUGAGAUGUCGAAUGAUGAUACCUCUACAAUUGGUCCAUCUAAAGCAUCAUCCCCUUAUGAAUUACCUUUCUUCAGGAGCAGUAGAGCGGUAAGAGUGGUUGACUGCAGUGAUGUCUGGACCGAAAGAGAGGAGGAUAUGGACGAAGACGGUGCCGACGAUGCUUAG